AUGGUUUUAAUGAAAGUCUUCAUCUGUGCUUUGUUGGUGAACAUGGUAUACUCAUUUACUUUAAUUAAGAAUAUUGAACACAUACUUGAACGCGAAAGAAGAUCUGAUGAAUGUGCAGUACCUAAUAAUAUAGAUGAGUUAUUUACUAAUUUGAAUUCUCAUGUGAACCGUGUUGAGUUCCUCAUUGCAGUAAAUGCUACACAUCAACCGAAUGCACAGGGAUUCAUUCCACCUGCAUUUGGAGAUCAGACAGAUACUGAAUGUCCAAAGGAAUAUACCGGAAAAGAUACCAGUAAUAGUGAAAUAUGGCAAAGAUCAACGUGUCCAUGGUUCUACAGUGAAAGGAAUUACGGAGCUGAGUAUUACCCAAGUAAAGUUUUUAACGCUGCUUGUAAAUGUGUUGAUUGCUUGUAUUCUAAGAAUAAUUUCGAGACUGGGUGUUCCAGAAUCUACAAGAAUAUCAACAUUUUAAAGAAAACAGGCUGUAGUAAUGGCUUUUAUACAUACGAACAAAGAUCUAUAAGUGUAAGUGUUGGAUGCACAUGUGCUAAGUUACAAGCUAAUAUUGGAUAA